UGUUCCGCGGCUUUCGGCUUGCUUUCGCUUUGUACUCCGGCCGCCGCCAGCCCUCUCCGGGUUCUGCGCCCGCCAACUGCACCCCGAGGGGAGCCGAGCGCGGGGCGUGGGGAGCGUUGGGGCAGCUGGAGCUCCGGCCGCCUCCCGCCCGAAGCCCCAGUCCGCAGGUCCAGCCCUGACCCCCUGGGCCUCGACGCCGGCCAGUCCUCAGGGUCGUGAGUCCUCGGCAUCCAAGAAUGCCUCUCACUCAAGCGGAAAGCGUUAUAAAGAAUAUCAUACGGGAAAUAGGACAAGAAUGUGCAGCCCAUGGCGAGAUUGUUUCUGAAACGCUGGUUGCUUUUAUGGUGAAAGCAGUUGUUCUGGAUCCAAGCAAUGGCUUUAACAUCGAGAGGACCCUCGUGAAAAGCGAUGUUCAGAAACUCGUUAAGCUUUGUGUGACUCGGCUACUGGAUACCAAAAAUCCAUCCCUGGACACGAUUAAGAUGCAAGUUUACUUUGAUAUGAAUUAUACAAGUCGAGAGGACUUUCUUGAAGAACAUCACCGAGUCCUAGAGUCCAGAUUAAGCUCAGUUAGUAGAGAAAUUACAGACAACAGAGCAAGUGCGAGAGAAGAACUGGAAAGCCUCUACCGAAAGAUUGUCAGCUAUGUGUUACUGCGCUCUGGGCUCGGAUCCCCGACGGACAUCAAGAUUGUCAGAGAGGCAACAGCUGCCUUACAGAGUGUGUUUCCGCAGACUGAGCUGGCGACAUUUCUAACUCUUACUAAAAAGGACAAAGAACGCCAGUUGAAAGAACUCACCAUGAUUGUUACUGGAAUUCGCUUAUUUAACAGAGAUUGUGGAAAAGGAGGAGAAGGCAUUGAUGAUUUGCCAGCUAUUCUCCAUGAAGCAAUCCCAGCCACCACUCAGUAUAUUGAUGCCCAACUUCAGAAUGCCCAGGACCAGGUGUACCGUUACACAGCCAUCCUGGAGAAAGUAACAAAAAACCCACUCCUGGGUAAAGAACUUGAGCAGUAUAUGUUAAAAGAAGCACUGUAUAAUAUGCGACAGUAUGAGAUCUUCCUUCAGAUUAUCUUGUCAGAUGUAAUCACCUGUGCUCAGGAAGUAGAAAUGAUGAUGAAGCAGUUUGCAGCCCAACUCGAACAACUAAAAAUGACAGUGAAGUCGAAGACAGCCGUCCCAACAUCUCAAGUCUUUCCCAUCUUUAUGGCCCUGGCUAACCUGUGGACCAGCUUUCAGGAUGAAACUGUUCUGAUUAGCAUCCUCAGUAAUUUGACCACUCACCUGGAGCCGUUCCUGGGCGCUCACGAAGCGCUUUUUCCCGAGAAAGUGAUGCAGGGUCUUCUUGGUGAUGUGACUGUGAAAACAGAUGCGAAUAGAAUAGAAGAACACAUGGAAUAUAGAGUCCAUUUGUCGGAUUUCAAAAAACUUGAAUGGUUUUUCCCAGAAACAACAGCAAAUUUUGAUAAAUUGUUGAUUCAGUAUCGGGGAUUUUGUGGUUACAGUUUUGCUACAAGUGAUGGGCUUCUCCUUCCAGGAAAUCCAGCAAUUGGAAUUUUGAAAUACAAAGAAAAGUAUUACACUUUCAAUACCAGAGAUGCUGCAUAUUCAUUUGCAGAAAAUCCUGAAAACUAUAUUGACUUAAUUAAGGAAAAGGCCAAAAAAAAUGCCGAGUUGAUUCAGCUUCUGGAGCUUCAUCAACAGUUUGAAACAUUGAUUCCGUAUUCUCAGAUGAGAGAUGUUGACAAACAUUACAUAAAACCGAUUACCAGGAGUGAAAAUAGCACACAGACAGAUACACACAUUCUGCAGCCAACCAUUGUGCGAUCCUAUGAGUGGAAUGAAUGGGAACUCAGAAGAAAAGCUAUAAAACUGGCCAAUUUACGUCAGAAAAUUACUCACUCAGUACAGACAGAUCUCAGUCACAUGAGAAGAGAAAAUAGCUCACAGGUUUACCCCCCAAAAAACACUGGCACCCAGUCCAUGACGGAAGAUGGCUCGCAAGUGCCCAGGCCCCAGGUUUAUAUCUCUGGUCUUCGUGGUGGACGAAGCAAAGUAACCCAUGGGGUCAAGGUGAACCUAACUAGAGCUGUUGAAGAAACCUAGAGAUGACAUCUUCAGAGGUGUUCCUCAGUUUUGAACAGUGACAAAUACUGCAAAGUAUUUUAUAUCCAUGAAAAUUAAUUUUGGCAGGGUGCCACCUUCACUGAUAGUGUGGAUGUUUAGUGGAUUUUCAUAUCGUUUCAAAUACACUGCAUAGAGCUAAAAGUUAUUUUCUGUAA